CUCUAAACACUGUCGAGGGAGCAUAGCGAGCUCAAAGGAAUCGAAACCCCUCAGCCAAACGUCGCAGCAAGUCGACGUCCAGCACAAAACUACGCUUACGGCCCAUCAUGUCGUCAAAACUUCCCUCCGUCCUGAGCGCAACUGACGAGGAGAUUCAACUCCUCCUGGCAGCGCAAUGUCACAUUGGCACAAAAAACUGCGAUAAGCAGAUGGAGCCUUAUGUCUGGAAGCGCCGCGUUGACGGCAUCCACAUUCUCAACAUCGGCAAGACUUGGGAGAAGCUUGUCUUUGCCGCACGUGUGAUCGCCGCUGUCGAGAACCCUAACGACGUCUGUGUCAUCUCUGCUCGCCCCUACGGACACCGUGCAGUCCUCAAAUUUGCUGCCAACACUGGCGCACAAGCCAUUGCAGGCCGUUUCACGCCUGGUUCCUUCACCAACUACAUCACUCGCUCUUUCAAGGAGCCCCGUCUUAUUAUCGUCACCGACCCUCGCGUUGACCACCAGGCGAUUCGCGAGGCAUCGUAUGUUAACAUCCCCGUCAUUGCGCUUUGCGACACGGAUGCACCUCUCAAGUUCGUCGAUGUUGCCAUCCCCACGAACAACAAGACACGUCAUUCGAUUGGUUUGAUUUGGUGGUUGCUCGCACGGGAGGUGUUGAGGCUCCGUGGGACGAUCCCUCGCACUCCUGAUGGCUGGAAUGUGAUGGUUGACAUGUUCUUCUACCGCGACCCUGAAGAAGUGGAGAGGCAACAACAGGAGGAAGCACAGGCUAAGCUUGCCGCUGCUGAGCCAGAGGUGCAGGGUGGUUUGUCGGAGUGGGAUGCCCCAUCCGCUCCUCAGCCAGGCUCGAUCAACCCUGCUCUUGUUGCGCAAGACGGUGGUGCUCUCGACUGGGCAGCAGACGCUGCACCUACUACCGAUUGGUCAGCAGAGCCUGCUUCAGGUGGAUGGGGAGCGGAACCCACCACUACUAGCGGGUGGGAUUAGGCGUUGUACGCGACAUAAUUCUCGAUGUGCAUGCUUUGCUUCCUCUCCUUUUACAUUGCUUGCGACCUUUGACAUGCAAAAUAUAACAUCAUGGUCUCACUCCCUCAUGUGCUCGGGUGGUGUAUUGUUUCGCCAUAUUUUAAGCAUAAGUGAACUUUCAAGCGUUCUCACUCACAUCCACUAUAUUACAUGCAUUGUGGGAGCAAAAACCUUUGCAUUUGAGUAGUAGGCUCGUGAGCAGCCUGGUUUAUACACCACUGACAAGUCCAGCGGUACAUCAAGCGGCGCUUAGCAUCUGAGAGAUGUAACUGAAUGAAGUACUGAAGCUUAAAGGUGUUGUACCUGUGAUUCAUGCUACAUAGUUUGUCAAGUCGUCUUGUUUCUAUCGAUUAUCAGCAUGGUUCACAAUUG